AUUUGGUCCCCAGCGAUAGAUCGUGCGAUCGUGCACAAUGAAAGCGAUAUUGCUGCUCAUGUUAACGGUUACCAUCGGCACGUGCCGGACGGAACCCUUCAAGGGAACGCGCACCUAUAACCUCGAAACGGAUGCCGAUCGGUACGGACGCUACGAGCGCGUUCUGCUCGGUAUCAAAACAUCCGAAGGGCUUCGGCUGGAUCCGACCGUGCUGGAGGAGGUGCGCCACGUGCUGCUGCAAGAGGAACGACAGCAAGCAUCCGGUUCGGGAGCUGCACCAGUCAACGUGCAGCUCUACAAACCACGCCAAUCGCACCAUAUCGCUCAAUUGCUUUACCGUGCGCGAAUCAGCACGAUGGCAGCCGCAAACCCGAGAGCUCGAUAG